CUUUUUCUCCAGGGAGCGCGCUCCUCGUCUCCACGCUCCCGGACCUGCAGCCUCUUCAGCGGGACACUUUUUAAGAGGCGAGCGCUGAAUGAAAAUCUUCCGGUUCGAACUGGGUUUUUUUGUUUUGGUUUCACCCGUAAGGAUUAACAUCGUGGACGGAAGCGGGAUGGAGCGGUCCCGGUGAAGUUAAAAAAUAAAAUAAUUUAAUAAACAAAAACUCUUAACAGACUGAAUUUUUGCUGAGUCUCUCCGCCGCGACUCAUUCAGUGCUCCCUCCCCGCCUCGGAGGCCAUGGGCUGCGGCUUGAGGAAACUGGAAGACCCGGAGGACAGUAGCCCCGGGAAAAUCUACUCCACCUUGAAGAGACCGCAGGUGGAGACCAAGACGGACACGGUGUACGAGUACGUGCUACUGGACUUCAGCCUGGAAGGAAGCCGUCCCACCGUCCAGUUUGUGUCCUCGCUGUCUGAGCUGCCACAGGUGUUACAACCCUACUACACCCAGGGCUAUGUCCUGGUCACUCUUCACCCCAUCAUCCUGUCUGUGGGCCGAACCCGCUCACUGCCCUUCAGUCUGAUCUACAGAGCGGUCCUGGCCCGACUUCGACCCAGUAAACAGGUGGUGUCCAUGUGUCUUAGUGUCCCUGUCCUCAGGGUAGAGGAGUGGCCUUUACCUGGAGACUCUCUGACCAGUGACACUGUCAAAGCUCUCAUCGACAGGGUGAACAGCAGUGCUCGGGGGGGUGUUAGAUUCGUCGGCUCUGUCCUUCAGCAGGUGAGCGGGGUCAACAACGGCCAGGUGCACAGUCCGAAAAGAGGCUGCCGUUCGCCGCCACGGACACCUCCCAGAACGCCGCCUGGAGACAGGCAGCUGGACGACCACGCCUACAGCCCCGACUUGAGGUUGCUGGUGUUCUUUCACUCGUGGGCACCAGGCUGCGCCCCUCUAGAUUCACUGGCCUGUCAGUACCACCAGGGGGCGUUGUCCAUGCGCGUCUCCAGGAAGGGUCAGGUGGUCAGUGCCUUGGAAGCUGAUUGGCUGGAGCUGACCGCGGCCUACUACCGCAAAGGCUGGCUGCUGGUGGACUCCUUCGUGUACUGGGAUACGCCGAAAGGUGAACCAGUGCCCAGAUCACUGGAAGGAUUGUUUGUUUAUGAGGAGAAAAGUUCGUCUCCACCGGCCAACGACACCAUCGUCGUCGAGCAGUGGACUGUCAUCGAGGGCUCCAAUGUGAAAACAGACUACGGGCCUCUCCUUCACACUCUGGCUGAUUUUGGUUGGCUGCUCACUUGUGUGCUACCCACACCCAUCAUCCGACAUGACAGUGAUGGGAAUCUGGCCACUAAGCAGGUGGUGUUUCUCCAGAGGCCAAUCAGAGGUGAGACGGGUGGUCAGUCGAGGAACCAGUCUCUGUCAGUGCAGAGUGAUGUCUCCAGUCGCUCGGCGAGCCAGGCAGUCGGCAGCCCUGACCCUCCAGAUGACCUCCGGCCCAACAUGGGAGGCAUCGGCGGCUUCCCGGUGUUCGAGGGAGGAUUCCCUGCCUCCAUGUCUCACCUGGAGGAGGGAGGCUUCGAGCAGGACGAGGGAAAGUCAGAAGUCACCUGUAUGUAGGCAGCUGGACACAGACACAAACUCUCUUCUUCUUUUUUUUUUUAUCUUCAAACAUAGAAGAAAUCUGCACUUUGCUCUUUUUUUCAAGAAUCUUUUUAAUGAAGCCAUAAAGUUUUAUUUAAAUGUUGGACACUGAGACGACAGGAUACGCCUCUUGCUUCCUGUUCUUACCAUCCAGGUAAACUCUGGAACUGACUGAUCAUGUUUCAAAGUAUUAUUCUCCUUGUGGUACUCCUUUCUCUGCAGUGAUAUGCUUCUUUAAAGGGGAACGUGAUGCAUUCUGGUUAAUGUAGGCUCCGCUGCUGAUGUAUAUUUCUUAGUAUAAUUGUUUUUAAGGAGUGUUUACCAUGUCAGUAUUAAUAUUCCAAGUUUUCCUCCUUUUGAGACACAUAUGUACAUCUUCAUUCCUUCACUGUUUUUUUUUUUUUUUUAUUACAGUUACUCAUGGUGUUUAGUUCUGCUCGUGGUUUCUUUGGAGGUGAAGAAAAAUACAUUAACCUUAAAUGAUUCUUCAUUCUUCUUGAUUCCUGUUUACUCCAUCAAUAGUUUCCAUGGAGACUAAACCAAAUGAUGCAAUCAGAAAUGUUCAAUCAGGACAUCAAAUCACUGUAGAAGUCUGCUGAAGAAGAACAAUGAGGAAGAGAAGACAAGGAAAUUAAAAAGGAGAAAAUAAUGAAAAGAAGAGAUGAGAAAAAGGAAAUGAAGAAUAGAAGAGGAACAAAAUGAGGAGAAAAUGGGAUGAUGUAUAUUCUACACCAUGUUAAUGUCCCGUCCAGGAUAUCUAGAGUAGAAGACAAUAAAGAUGUCUCUAACAUUGCUGUCCACAUGGAUUUCAGAUUGGUUCAUCUUUUCAAACACUUGUUUAAACAACUGGUUGUUUUUCUACCUCCAUGUUUCUGUCCCUCCUGGAAACUCCUCACCUGAUGUUUACCCCACAUGGAGCAAACAUGUUAGAGAGAAUGGAUUUAUUCAAGCCACAGAGAAACUUGACCAUUGAUCAUUAAUGUAUUAAAGUCUCUACACCAUCA